UGUUCCCUUGAAACUCCCAACAAAAACCCCUCUUAUAAUCUAAUCCUCCCUCACCACUUCCCAUAUACUCUUCAAAGUUCUCUAUCUGAUCCACUGUUUCACGAUCUAUUCUUCUAUUUUCUCUCUGGUUUUUAGCUAUUUCAUUCUUUCGUGUCCAGGAUCUAUCGCUGUGCGAAUUUCAUCAUGGCGAAAAGCUCCUUCAAGCUUGAUCAUCCAUUGGAAAGAAGGCAGGCUGAAGCUUCUCGCAUCAGAGAGAAGUAUCCUGAUAGAAUACCUGUGAUUGUGGAGAAAGCUGAAAGAAGUGACAUUCCAGACAUGAUAAAAAGAAGUAAGAGAUUGUGUUGCUUAUACCAUUCCGCUUCCCUAAUUAGAUUUUACACAUACCUUGUACCAGCUGAUUUGACAGUGGGUCAGUUUGUUUAUGUGGUCCGUAAAAGGAUCAAGCUCAGUGCAGAGAAGGCUAUCUUUGUUUUCAUCAAUAACACUCUACCUCCAACUGCUUCCUUAAUGUCUUCUAUUUAUGAAGAAAAUAAGGAUGAGGAUGGCUUCCUUUACAUGACUUACAGCGGAGAAAACACCUUUGGAUCUCAGUAGAUACAUUCUAUUUUGGUCUCCGGCCUCUGUAAAUAACAUCAUGAAGUGUAAAUUCUCUGCUAUCGCCGAUCAAUGCAUGACGUGUUUAUUCGUUAUGGUUUAAGUAAUUUCUGGGUAAUAUUACCGCCCUAGACCUUGACUAUGUCCAUUAUCUUUUAACCUACUUGAAUUGAAUCCAGUGGAUUAAUCUA